ACAUUGAAUUAUUUCAAUGGGCCUAUUUCUAUCAUUUCUGAUCGCUUUUAUUGGUGCUUUUUCAGUGAAACUGGUGAAGCAGUUUAUGAGGCGACUGUUCCGGACACGAUCACCUCUUGGGUGGCAAGUGCUUUUGCUAUCAACGAUGAAACCGGUCUGGGAGUUGCACCUUCAACUUCAAAGUUGACUGUAUUCCGUCCGUUUUUCAUUCGACUAAACAUACCGUAUUCCGUGAAACGAGGCGAGAAGUUUGCGCUACAAGUACUCAUAUUCAAUUAUAUGGAUACUGAGCAGGACGUCACUGUUACGUUGAAACACGAUGAUGGCGCUGGCUUUGAUUUCUUGCAGAAAGAUGGUACCUCUAAGAAACCGCUAAGUAAAGAUUCAAAAUCAAAGAACUACAACAUGCGCUUAAUAUCGGUCCCAGGAGGAGGUGUUUCAAAGGCUGUUUAUUUCCCAAUCGUGCCUACGCAAAUUGGUGAGGUAAAAUUGUCUGUUGUUGCGCAAUCUGCAAAGGCUGGUGAUGCGGUUGAGCAACGUCUUAAAGUGGAACCUGAAGGGUAUCGCGUUGAUCGAAAUAUACCGAUGAUUAUUGAUCUGUCUGAGAAAACGGCAUUCAGCAAGGAAAUUGAUUUACAAUAUCCACAUGAUGCAGUUGAGGGCUCGAAAAGAGCUCGAGUUGAUAUAAUCGGUCAGUUUGGUUUCAUUGACGGUUCUCAUAUGCAUAAAUUCUGCAAAUCUUCAGGUGAUAUUAUGGGCCCGAUAUUGGCCAAUAUUGAUGCCUUAGUACAAAUGCCUUAUGGUUGUGGGGAACAGAACAUGAUCAAUUUUGUGCCGAAUAUUGUUGUUCUAAGAUACUUAAAGGCAACAAAACGAGCUGGUGCACAGAUAGAAGCGAAAGCUCUCAAGUAUAUGGAAUCAGGUUAUCAGAGAGAGCUUACUUAUAGAAGGGAUGAUAAUUCUUUUUCCGCAUUUGGUCAACAAGAUAAACAUGGUUCAACCUGGUUGACAGCAUUCGUCGUACGCUCUUUCAAACAAGCACAAUCAUUUAUCUUUGUUGAUGACCAAAUUCUACAGAAAACAUUCGCUUUUCUCAAUGCUCAACAGGAACAAGAGAAUGGUGCGUUUGCCGAGCGAGGUGAGGUGCAUCAUAAAGAUAUGCAAGGUGGUGCUGCUGAGGGUGGUGUGCCUCUAACUGCCUACGUUUUUAUUGCAUUCCUUGAGAAUGGCAGGAAGAAACAUGAACAUUUACAGGUUAAAAACGAUAAAGCGCAACACUAUUUGGAGCAGCAUUUGAACGAAAUAAAAGACGAUGUUUACGCUCUGGCUGUAGUCACAUACGCCCUGCAUUUGGCCAAGAGCACAAAGAAAAGCGAAGCUCUCAAAAUGCUUGAAGCACAUAAAAUUGAAGACACCGAUGGAAGUGCACAUUGGACAGCAAAAGCCGGAGGUGAAAAAGCUAAAGACACUCAACAAUACUUCUAUCAGCCUCGUCCAGUUGACGUUGAAAUUAGUUCAUACGCAUUGCUCACUUAUAUGCUUAACGAUGAUAAGGAAAAGGGCCUACCAAUCGUAAGGUGGUUAAGCUCACAACGGAACGCACUCGGAGGUUUCAGCAGUACUCAGGAUACGGUGAUGGCAUUGCAAGCAUUGGGCGCAUACGCUGAGAAAGCUUAUUCGCCAACAUUCAACGUUUCGAUUAUUGUAAAGAGUGGUGCAGACAAUGAACAAUUUGAAGUGACACCUGAAAAUGCAAUUGUUCUACAGUCUUAUGAAAUUUCCAGUCUUGAUGAGCCACUUCAAAUUGAAGCCAAAGGCAAUGGUGUAAUUUUUGCGCAAGCACAAUACUCAUACUAUCGUGUGGCAACCAAAGACGAUAUGCCUUUCUAUUGUACUAAAGAUGUACGCGAAGUUCACGGCGGUAACCGACUGCAACUUGACUUAUGUUGCAACUAUACUAAGCCUGGACAGCGCUCGAACAUGGCUGUGGCUGAAGUGAGUGCGUUAACUGGUUACCGAUUCGAUGGUGACGAAAUCGGACGGCUAACUGAUAUUGCUGAUUUGCAAAGAGCCGAACUCGACAAGGAGGACACAAAAAUGAAUUUGUAUUUUAAUCCGCUCGGAUCUACACCGGUAUGCUUAUCGUUGUUCAGUGAUAUGGUUUAUCAAGUGGCUGAUCAAAAGCCUGCUCAAAUGGUUCUUUUCGAUUACUAUGAUCCAGAACAACAGGUGAAAUCAUCCUAUUCGGCUAAACAAGUACGAUCACUGCAAGACGCAUGUCCUGAUUGCUGGCCAUCGGUGGAAAUAAAUGACGAGGGCUCAGGUAUGACUGCAACUCGAGCUGAUGCAUCAAAUGCUGCGACGAUAACCGCCACAUCAGGUGUGCUUCGCCUUGGCGUCUUAUCACUACUAAUCCAUUUCUUAACUCUUACCGUUGUGUGA